AUGAAGUACACAGUCUUCGACUUUGCCAACCACUGCUACCACCUCAGCCUGAACAUAUCUAUCCGCGACGUUUACCCUUGCAAAUAUGCAGGGAUAUUCUUCGAGGGCCCAUGGGAUCGCCAGUAUAGCCCUAACCCUUUCCCAAGUCGAAACCUACUUCUAACCAUUCCCGUCCGGCCUAAGCCGCCCCGCGAGAAAGAAGAAGCCGGUGACGACUUCUUGGUCGUUGACGAGCAGGAUGGUGUUCUCGUGAUCGGAAUCGACUUUGGCACAACGUAA